GCCGAGGUGGUUUACGGCUAGUUUGACCAAACGAGGUGACCCGACGGGUGCCUUGCCCGCCCAUGAAGACGCCUUAGUCAGCAAAUCACUGCCACAGCAUAUGCCCGCUCCGUGCUGCUUUGCUUGAAAGAUACCAGAUUAAGCUAUUGAUACCAGAAAGACAAAGUGGAUAAAGAAUGAACUUUGCAGAAAAUCAGGAGCAGAGUUGGCAUCUUUCAUCAUAUAGCUUUUCAAGCCAUCUACCAUCUACACAUAAUUGGAGGUAGAACAACAACAACAACAAAAUGGACCCUGAAGCCGACCCCCUGGGACUUGGCCUCCACCGAGCUGAGUACUGAGCCCAGGGAGAGUGGACCGCAGGAGUGACUCUCUGAGCGCACCCUUGGAUGAAGCCGGAUCUCCGUUGACUAACCCUUUCCCCAGUUCUCCCCCAACCACAUCCCAGACAAAUAAAACCUUUUAAGGCUUUGGCCCAUUGGCACCUGUUCCCUAUGGAGCCCCCGGGGGAGAGAGCUGGACAGGGGGAUCGAGUGCGCAUUACGGCCCAGAUGCUUAAAGCUCUGUCGGGUGAAUUUUCCCUGGAGUCCAUCCUGCUGCUGAAACUCUGUGGGUUGGGGCUGGUAGACCUAGGCUGCCUCGGCGAGUGUUUGGGGCUGGAGUGGCUGGACCUGUCCCGUAACAUCCUCACACACCUGGGGCCCCUGGCCUCGCUCCGGCAGCUGGCCGUACUCAACGUCUCUGCCAACCGCCUGACGGGGAUAGAACCCCUGGCCUCUUGUGAGAGCCUGCAGAGCCUCAACGUGGCUGGCAACCUGCUGGCUGGGGUGGGCCAACUGCAGUGCCUGGCAGGCCUCCAGCGGCUGGAACAUCUGAGGCUGCAGGACCCCUUGGCCCGGCUUAGCAACCCCCUGUGCAGCAGCUCCUCCUACAGGGCUGCCGUGUGGGAGCUGCUGCCCGGCCUGAAGGUCAUUGAUGGGGAGCGAGUGUCAGGGAAGGGCAGUGAGUUCUACCAGUUGUGCAGGGACCUUGACAAAUCCUUGCACCGGAGCCCAGGACCUGUCCUUGAGCUUCCCGGUGAGGCCAAGCCCUGGGUGGAGCCCAGCUACUGGAAGUCCCCCCAGGGCCAGGAGAACUCCAUCCUGGAAGAUGCCUGCCGCCAGUUCCAGGACACAGUACAAGAAUUUCAGGAGCUGAGUCAGAAGGCUGAUGAUACUCUAGCCCAGGCAGAGGAGGCCCUUAGACCUGCCAGUGGGAACACGACUUCCUUUGUCUUCUAAACCCAGCCAGCUCCCCAUGUUGAGGGCAGGAGGGAGAGAGUGGUUGGAGAAGGGACUCCCUUAACCCAAGGCCCCCCAGGUGGCCCAGGCCCUGAAGAACUCUCCAUAUCGUUCCACAAAUCUCAUUGCUGGCCCCACAGAUUUAUCCAAAUAGUUUUGUCCACCUUAGUUUAACGUCUCCUCACUCAUUUAAAGGAAAAUUAAAUCAGGAUCCUCUUGGGGGGCUAUAAUAUUCUAGCCAUCUUCUUUCUGUCUGUAUGUGCCCAUAGAUAAGCCAUGCAUUCCGGGACUUGUCUCGAGUGUCUUGUGCCUCCCUGCCUCCUCCCCAUUUUCAUAAGACUGAUGCCAUGAAAUUAAGUGCAUGAUCUGAAUUGAUUCUCUGUAUCCCCCUUUCCCCUUCCAAGGGCUGUAAUGGGAUAUAAGUUGAAUAUGUAAAAGCUUCUUGAGAAAUAAAAUAUGCUA